AUUUGUGUAAAUUGAAUAAAUACCAACUUUAAAGUUGGGGCUAUCGUUGCGCAAAUUUGAAGAGUAAAUUGAACGUCUUUACGGCAUGGCUCAAUCGAUUUUUUAAGCCUCUGCAAUAUAGCCAUCAAUUUGUUGUGAUCCACUAAAUUGAAUUGAAUAACGAUUGAUUGUUUUGCGUUGUCAGUUGGCAAACAAAACGAAUUAAGUGGAUCACACAGCUGCAAAAACCAUAUCAAAUAAAUGGUGUGAAAUAUGUUGCCUUCCGGCAGCGAGUAUAGUUUGCUUUACAAAGAACUCGUGGCGUGGGUGUUCAGCAAUAUUGUAGCUAAUAUUUGGCUAUUGUCUAUUUUUAGAAGUGAAUCGUGCAAAAUAACAACUUGUGUUACACGGCGUAUGCGCAAUUUUUGUAGCUGAACAAAACAUGCAGCCAUUUACAGAACAUGGAAUUACUAUAAAAUCACAAAAAUGAACAAACUAAAACUAUUUUAGUAACUUGUUAAAUAUAUGCGAAAUAGAGCUUUUCAAUUGUAGCUGCUUAAAAUAGCUCCAAGCCAAUAGGUACAGAGCGAAACACAGAAGGCAACAAAAAAAAAAAAGUAAAAAAAAGGCAGUCGCCCAAAAACUUAAAAGUUUGCCCAUGCAUAAAACUUGCCAGUCAAAUUGCGCUUUGCAUGUUAAAUCAUGUGAAAAACUAGUUAUUCCAAGUGCAGAACUCAAAAAAAAAUAUGUGAGAAAAGAAAAAGAGCUCAAAUCAAGAAGCUGCCACGCAGAACAAUGCUGCUGCUAGAACAAAAAAAUAUCUGUAGAAUUUAACCCUAACGAAAAGUGAAAGGAAAGGACAAACGAGUGCGAAACCCAUUUGAAAAGCAACUUAAGCGUGUAACUGCAACUGUCAGCAGCAGCAACAGCUGAAGAGAAAUAUCAAAAAAAAAAAAAAAAUACAAUACUUGCUGCAACGCAUUAUUAGUUGUUAGCAUUAUGAGCGUUCAUAGCCUGCAGGGGAUGUCGACAUCGACUGCAGCCUUGCCAACAUCGUGCUGGCAGAGGCAGCGGCAGCGGCUACGACGCCGGCGUCAACAGGAAACGGAAGCAGCGUCGCACAGACGAGCUCAUAAACAAAUGCGUCGCACUGGCAGCGCCAACAUAUCAGCAGCUUAUGAAGAUAAUGAUGACAACAACAACAACAACAACAACAACUACAACAACAACAACAACAACAACAACAACAGCAAGGCCAGCAAAAGCCCCACUACAACUACAAAUUAUAGCAUUUCCGGCUUACCAGAUUGCCAACAACAAAAAACGGAACAAAGCACCCAUCAUAAGCUAACAACUAGCAUACACCCGCGCGCUUUGCCAUGGCUCUUUCUGUCACCGCUCCUGCUGCUCGUACUCUUAGUUGACCGCUCUUUGUCAACGGCUGGAAAUUACUCGAGCCUGGCACUCAAUGAGAGCGGCAUCGAAAGCACAUUACCCAUUAAUGCGACAACAGCCAUAUUAGCAACAGCCGCGCCAACCGGCGGCAGCGGAGCAGCGACCACAGCUCUGGCACUGAGCGAGCCGACCACCACCGAGCAGGCGGAUGAGGAGGAUGCUGAAAAUAGCAGCGAAUAUGUUUUCGAUCGCACCGAUGUGCGAAUCAUAUUCAUUACGCUAUAUACGAUUGUCUUCUGCUGUUGCUUUUUCGGCAAUCUACUUGUGAUAUUGGUGGUCACUCUGUCGCGUCGUCUGCGCUCUAUAACCAACUUUUUCUUGGCCAACUUGGCAUUUGCUGACUUUUGUGUGGGUCUCUUCUGUGUUAUGCAGAAUCUCUCCAUUUAUCUUAUAGACAGCUGGGUCUUUGGCGAGUUCCUAUGCCGCAUGUAUCAAUUUGUGCACUCGCUCAGCUAUACGGCAUCCAUUUUCAUCCUAGUCGUUAUCUGUAUGGAGCGUUACUUUGCUAUUGUACAUCCAAUAACCUGCAAACAAAUUUUAACAGCUGCACGUUUAAGGAUGGUCAUUGUCACCGUAUGGAUAACAUCGGCUGUCUACUCAACGCCCAAAUUUGUCUUUAGCAAGACCAUCAAGAACAUUCACACCGAGGACGGGCAAGAGGAGGAGAUCUGUGUACUGGAUCGUGAAAUGUUUAACUCAAAAUUGCUCGACAUGAUUAACUUUGUGCUGCUCUAUGUGAUGCCCUUGCUGGUCAUGACGGUUCUAUACAGUAAAAUAGCCAUUGCAUUGUGGCGCAGCUCGCGUGGUCUCAGCCCGCAUGUGACACAACAUCAACAGCAGCAGCAACAACAACACCAACAGCAACAACAACAGGCUAUCCAAGAGAAUAGCAUGAGUCUGCACAACAGCAUGUACCAUCAUCAUCAUCAUCAUCCACAACAUCCACACCACCAUCAACUCCACCAACAGCAUCAGUUGCCAGCGUCGGCGGCAGCAGCAGCAGCGUCGUCGCUAGCUUCCGGCAGCAGCUCCACGUCCUUGUCACGUAAACAUAGCAGUAAAUAUGAAAAGCGUGGAGUCAGCAUCACCGAGAGUCAGCUUGAUAAUUGCAAGGUCUCGCUGGAGGCGGAUCGGCCCAUUGUGAGUGCUUGUCGCAAAACGAGCUUCUAUCAUCACUCCCACUCGCACAAUCAACGACAGGGCAAUGGUGGUGCCGGCGGAGGUGGCGCCACACACAUGUCACAUUCAUCGAGCAAUGUGCUACGCGCUCGCAGGGGCGUGGUCCGCAUGCUGAUAAUAUUUGUGCUGACAUUCGCGCUCUGCAAUCUGCCGUAUCAUGCGCGCAAAAUGUGGCAAUACUGGUCACGUUCAUAUCGCGGUGAUUCCAAUUUUAAUGCGCUGCUAACGCCGCUCACUUUUCUGGUCACGUACUUCAAUUCGGGUGUUAAUCCCCUGCUUUAUGCUUUUCUCAGUCGCAAUUUUCGCAAGGGCAUGAAGGAGCUGUUGCUCUGCUCCUGGAAGAAGGGCAAGGGCAAGUCGUCCUCCAAUUCGUCAAUGCAUCACAAACGCAAGGCGCUGCAGACCCACUCGCUGCCCACGGAUACCACGCACAUUGGCAACGAGCAGCUAUGAUGCCCGAGCUGCUGGAAGACGCACUUCAAGCUCUUCGGUCGUCGCUCGUAGAACCCAUCGGUGGCCGCUCGUGCCGGUCGCAUCUAGCGGCAAUAUUAUUGUGAUUCUCUAAGAAGCCCCAUUGCUUGGUUGGAUUAGCAAUUAAAAUUACGAAUUAACUAUCCAUAGUUUUUUUAUUAUCAUUGUCAUUGUUGUAUGAUGAGAACUAAGCCAAUUUAAAUAGCCGCAUUCGUUACAGGCUAAAACGAAAAGCUCUUUAAGAACCUGGAGAAACUGCUCUAUAACUCGUAAUUUAUAAUUAAAUUAUUCUAUAUCUCGGCACACGCUGCGUGUGCUUAUUUAUAAAUGUAAGAAGUCAUGUUUAAAGUGAUACAAACUAUACGAAUAAAUUAGCUACAAUUCAAAACAAAUGUCAGUUUCCAGUAAAA